AUGGAUGAAAACAACGAAAACGCAAACAUAAUCAUAGAGAUAGAUUUAGAAAAUCCUUCUCCAGUUUUACAACCGACUCCAAUAAAUGAUCUUAUAGAUUUUGGAGAUCUUAUAGACGAACCUUUACAAAAUUCCACUACAGAUUCUUGGCAACUCUCAACUGAUAAAACACAUGAAACGCGUGAAGGUCAAUCCAUCACAUGCGAUUCCUGCGCAUCCUAUACUAAAAAAAUAAAUAUGUACAAACAACAACUUGAUUCUAUGGAACAAGAAGCAAUUAAUCGUCGAGAGAAAUUGGCCAAUAGUUACGAUGAGUUAAAAAAAGGUUUAACCCUUAAAAAAGAAUUAAUCGAAAAGUAUUCAGUGAACGAUGAAUCUUCUAAAGCCCCGACCUCUGGAUAUUUUUCAAAACCUGCAAACAACAUUUAUUCGUACGGAUAUUCUGAUGCCGGUCCUAGUGAUCUUUCGAAAAAUAAAAAUCAGUUUGAAUGGUAUAUUUCAUCUGAUCAAAGACAAGCGGAUAUCCAAGGUGAAUAUAGGACAGAUUAUCAUAAAGAUGUUGGAAAGAAUAAACACCCAGCAGAAAACAAUUUGUUUUAUUGGGAUUUUGAGAAUUUUGAUGAUGAACAUAAUUAA